AUGCCCUCAGCCUCUGAGAUUCUCUAUCAGUUUCUCAUGAAAGAGUUCCGUCUUUCGGUCAUCUCUUUUGUCUUCCUUAUCUGCUACGGCUCCCCGGUCUUGCGCGCCUACCGCAUCGCAAUGCGCGACACUGAGAGGGCGCUUUAUGGCGUCUUCUUCCAUGCCCUCCCUCACCUCGUUCACUGGUCGUUAGAGGGAAAGUUCUACCACUCUCUCACUCUUCUCGUCGCCUCUCUGAUCAAAGAAUGGUUAAUGACGUCUCGCGACCCGGCGGUGCUUCUUCAGCUCUGCGUACGGUUCUUCUCAGAGGACCAGGCACUUGUCCGGAGCGGGUGGAACAGUCAGACGCAGCACCGCCGUGGUGCUACGGGUGCGAGUAUCCUCGCAGUAGCGCCCCCUCUGAAGGUUGACGUGCUCGGAAGACGAAGCUAUAAAGGCAGGAUCCUCAGCCCCAGUGCAACUGUCAACACCAUCGUCGGCUGGUCGACUUUCCAGUCCGGCACCACCAUGCGCCCCCUCUCUUCUGUUCUCGUCGCUUUCGCGAUCUUCCUCCUGAAGCUUGUGCUGGUGGAAGCCCAUCCCAUCCAUACCGACGCAAGUGACAAGCCAAAACGGGGCCGACGCCAUCGAGACCGCCGUCCUCCUCUUCCCUUUGAUCCGCAGUUGCGGUUCUUUAUCACCGACUGGCAGCACAUGCUUGUUCUCGCCGCCUUUUACGUCGUCUUUGAGACCGUCCGCUGGCUCAAGGAGCGCCGUAGCUCCAACGGCACCCCUGCCCCCGACAAUGGCGCAAACGGUCUAAACCCUCCGUCCUCCGAAUCCGAGUCGAGCGCCCUGAACUCAAGCUCCAGCUCAAUUUCAAGCUACUCAACCUUCUCAAGUGACUCCAGGCUUCCCAUCGCCUUGCAAAAUCCCGCCCUCGCCACGCCUCCUGAUGCCCCGGGCCCGCGGUCUAACUGGGAUGACGAUCUGGCCGCUAUUCGCUGUAUGCUUGGUCGCGGUCCGCCCCCCUACAUCCCUUCGUCUGCAGAGACUGCGGAUAACCAGAACGAUACCCAUACCCAGUCGCCUGGUUCUGAGGGCAUCGGGCAAUCAGCGCCUGCUAACGACCGUCACGCAAGUCCUGAAACCCAGUCUCUGGACGUGCCCAUCUCCGCCAGCCUGAAUGACUCCGGAAACAUUGGGAGUAACAUUCCUGAAAGCCCCAAGAAUGGCUAUGUGAUCGGCUCGGGCAAGGCUGCUCCCAUGACUGAUGCUGGUGCCCCUUCGACCUCUGAAUUCGACCUUACCAUCACCCCUGGCAACACUUCGUCUGGUGUCGCGUGCUCUUCGGGCGGCCAGAAUGGUACCAAGCCUACGACUGCGUACAAUUCAGCGAGUGACUCGGGCAUCAAGGGUAUCCUCAACACGGCUCAAGGCAAGGGUGACAAGCAGCGCCGAGUUCGCUUCUGGGAUCACGCUGCCCAGUACCAGACUGGCCGUGCCGUUCGUCCGGACUCCUCGGUUCCACGCCCGAACACCACCUGCGGCGACUCCUUCGACUCCACUGCGACCAACGCUAAGACUCCCGUUCAAGACAAGCUCGCUCAGACGUUCAGCGGGGUCAGCCCUAGCUGCUCUUCGUCUGGCCAUUAUCCUGCCAACGGCAAAUCUAACGGUCUCAUCCCGCCCGGAGAGAUUAUGUCUUCUCGUCCCGCACCUCCGGUCCCUGAUCCAGUCCCUCGUCCUCGCUCGGGCAUGCAGCACCGUCGUACUCCCUGCGUCUCCUCCCAGGACGACAUCACGGGCAGCCAUGCUACCGCUACCGGAUCCCGCCCCACUCCCCACUUCUACGACUUCACUCAGGCCGCUGAAGAAGAGGAGAAGGCCGUUCAGUUCUUGGCCCAGUCCACGAUCGACGUAGAUCCCUCUCCUAUCGCUAGCCGUCCUUCCUGUUCCGAGAGUAUUCGCGAGCCAUGGUCUGAUCUUUCAGUCCUCCCCGAUCUUCCGGCCCACGACAAUCGUCGUGAAGAGUUCAAGGAGCGUACCCUUCGUACCGGCAAGAUGUGA